AGCAUCCCCCGCGCGGCGCCGCCACUUCCGGCUGCCCCUCUCCCGUACGAGGAAGCUUCGUGGGGGAAAAAAAAAUCCGCCGGGAAGAACGUCGCUCCGCAACGUCGCUCGGACGUUCGACGGCGACAACCUCCUCCGGAACUUGGCGAGAGAGAGAGCGAGCGAGAGAGAGAGAGAGAGACAAAGACGGUCCCCCGGCGGGAGGAGUGAUUAUUACUGAACGCGCGAGCGGCUCAACUCCGGUCGGGGCAACUUUCCGUCGGCGCGACUGCGGUCGGGGCAACUCCGGUCGGGGCCUCUCCCGUCGAACGCAACUCCUUCGGCGCAACUCCUUCGACGCCUCUCCCGUCGAACGCAACUCCCGUCGAACGCAACUCCUUCGACGCAACUCCUUCGACACCUCUCCCGUCGAACGCAACUCUUUCGACGCAACUCCUUCGGGGCCUCUCCCGUCGAACGCAACUCCUUCGACGCAACUCCCGUCGAACGCAACUCCUUCGACGCAACUCCCGUCGACGCCUCUCCUUCGACGCCUCUCCCGUCGAACGCAACUCCUCCCCUCGCCGGUUUGCCCCCCACACCCCACACCCCACCCCACCCCCCCCCCCCCGCCCGGCGGUGUUGGCGGGCCAAUGCACCGCUACGGGGAGGAGCGGUUCCCCAGGGGCGUCGGUGGGGGGUCGCCCCCCCCCACUGCCGGCAGCCCGCUGGACUCGCGUUUCGCACUGCUGCAGCAGCAGCAGCAGCAAAAGGCGGCGUUCCACUACGCUUCCCCGUCGCGGCAUCCCUAUCGGGAUGCCGCGACGGCCGCCCCGUUGAAGCCGCCGCCGCCGCCGCCGCCCCCUCUCUCCUCCUCCGCCCCGGCCGCCCCGGCCGCCGCGGCGGCCGUGAACACGUCCAACGCCUCCGAGGUGCUCACGGCGUUCGGGCUCUCGCCCGACGACCUCACGGAGCUGAGCCGCUACCCGUCGGAGCAGCUGACGCCCGAGAACCUGCCGCGCCUGCUGGGGGAGGUCUACGUGCGCAGGCGGCAGCAGCAGCAGCAGCAGCAGCUGCAGCAGCAGCAGCAACAGCAGCAGCAGCAGCAGCAACAGCAGCAGCAGCGCGCCGUCGCCACCGGGCGCCCUGCGGCGGCCGCCCGGACCGAAGGGGCGCCGUCGCUCCGGCCGCCUUCGGCGUUCACGGCGGCCGAGGCGCUGCCGCGGCGGGCGCAGGCGGGCGAUGUCCAGGCGGGGCAGUUGGCGCUGCACGUGGUGGACUACGGGCACGGGCGCGGGAGCGGCCCGGGGGAGCGGGCGACGCCCCCGUUGCGGCAUUUGCCCGUGCGGCCGCCCCCCCCUUGCCCGCAGCCCCGCCCGCCGUAUUCCGGCGACGUCAUCGACGGCGGAGGGUACAGGGAGACGCGCGAGGCCGAGUGGCUUCGGGAGCAGCAGCGGGAGCAGCAGCGGGAGCAGCAGCGGGAGCAGCAGCGGGAGCAGCGGGAGCGGCGGCCGCAGCUGGAGCGGCGGGCGCUGCCGCCGCCGCCAUACCCUGUCCGCCUGGACGUCGGCGACGCGUCGGCGGGCUGGCGCGGGCCUGCGCGGGACGGCUACGCCGGAGCCUACGCGGAGAGGGUCGAGUUCAAGCGUCCGCCGUUGCCGUCGCCAUCGCCGUCGCCGCCGCCGCAGCAAAGCGGCGAGGGAGGCGGCAGCGGCGGCAGAAGCGGCAGAGGCGGCGAGGGUAGCGGCGGCAGAAGCGGCGGCGGCGGCAGUAAAAGCGAAGAGGGCGGCGGCCGGAGCGGCGAGGGUCGUGGCAGAAGCGGCGAGGGUAGCGGCAAAAGCGGCGAGCGCAGCGGCAACAGCGGCGAGGGUCGUGGCAGAAGCGGUGAGCGUAGCGGCAAAAGCGGCGAACGUAGUGGUAAAAGCGGCGAGGGUAGCGGCAGAACCGGCGAGGGUAGCGGCAAAAGCGGUGAGGGUCGCGGCAGAAGCGGCGAGGGUAGCGGCAAAAGCGGCGAGGGUAGCGGCAAAAGCGGCGAGGGUCGUGGCAGAAGCGGUGAGCGUAGCGGCAAAAGCGGCGAACGUAGCGGCAAAAGCGGCGAGCGUAGCGGCAAAAGCGGCGAGGGUAGCGGCAAAAGCGGCGAGCGCAGCGGCAAAAGCGGCGCGCGUAGCGGCAAAAGCGGUGAGCGUAGCGGCAAAAGCGGCGAGGGUAGCGGCAGAACCGGCGAGGGUAGGGGCAAAAGCGGUGAGCGUAGUGGCAAAAGCGGUGAGGGUAGCGGCAAAAGCGGUGAGCGUAGCGGCAAAAGCGGCGAGGGUAGCGGCAGAAGCGGGGGCAAGAACGGCGAGGGUAGCGGCAGAAGCGGCGAGGGUAGCGGCAGAAGCGGCGGCAGAAGCCAGGGCGGCGUGGCGAAGCUGGCGCCGCCCGGCUUCGCGAGCCGCCUUGCCCAGGAGCCGCCCCACAGCUUCCUGCUGCGCGACAGGGCGCUCAAGAAGGAGCUGGAGAACUUCUACGGCCGCUACGUUUCCAACGAGCCCCUCCACUGCCACCUGUGCUUCAUGCGCUCCACCGGGCUUAAGACUUGGGAGAGCCACGUGAAUGGACGCAGGCAUGAGCUGCGCUGUGAGCUCUUUAAGGAGCGAUUUUUCAAGAAUGGAGAAUAUAAAGGCCUCACUUCCCCCGUAGCUUCUCCCGCACCACCUCCAGCAGCAGCAGCGGCGGCGGCUGCGGCUGCGGCCGCCCCCAUCGUCGCGUCACGAGCAGCUCCCCCAGCGGGGACGACGCACGGCGUUGCCUCGGACCCGGCUGGCGGUGGUGGCGGUGGUGGUGGUGGCGGUGGUGGUGGUGGUGGUGGCGGUGGUGGUGGUGGUGGUGGUGGCGGUGGCGGUGGUGGUGGCGGUGCAUCGGCCGCUGUGACUGACGAGACGUCGGAGCCUAGGGCAGCUGCGGCGACAGCUGGGGCGACAGCUGGGACGACAGCUGGGGCGACAGCUGCGGCUACAGCUGCGGCGACAGCUGGGGCGACAGCUGGGGCGACAGCUGGGGCGACAGCUGGGGCCACAGCUGGGGCCACAGCUGGGGCCACAGCUGGGGCGACAGCUGGGGCGACAGCUGUGGUUGCUGCACCUUCGCCGCAGCAACCACAGCCAGCCGGGCUGAGAAAGCGGUCUAGAGUUGUGUGCUUGUCCCAGCUGCCGUGCGAGGAGUCUUACAAGACGAUGGACGUGGUGCAUCUCGCCUUUCCCUUCGGCAAGGUCACCAAGUUUGUCGUCACCAGGAGGAGGCGCCAGGUGCCAGAGGACACACAGGCACACGGACACACGGCUACACGGACAUAGACACACAGACACAGACACACAG